UUUUCCGCAAAAUGCGCAAGUCUGCCACGUGAGGGAGGCGCAAAAUGGGCUCUCGACCCAUUUUUUUCCCCUCUUCCUCUCUCCUCCUCAGUUUGAAAUAUGAAACCUGGUCCAUUUCAGCCAAGUCUGUCCCCCGGGCUCCCAGUUCCUCCAACGCCAACGCUGCUCUCUGUCACCCAGCUUCAUUAGGUUUUUUCAGACCCCUGACAGGAAACUUAUAUCCAUUUUUUUUUUAACCAACCACCCACUCCAUCAUUUUAUCAGUUUCUCCUCCUUCACGCGGGUUUGGAUUUGUUACUGCAAAGGUGGUUUUUAAAACUUAACUCUCCUGCCAACUGUAUGAGGAUUCUCAAAUAUCCGAGACUUGUUUUUUUGAAUCAUUCCCACUGAGAGAAAGCAUCUGCCCAGCUGUUGUUUGCUUGCUUUUUUUAUACAUAUUUUUAUUUAUUUAUUCAUUUUUUUGGCCGGGAUGCGGAUGGUCAUGACUGUAAACUGAGCUCCAAAUAAAAGAGACGUGGAAGCAUCGCCUGUAUCCUUUCUUUUGUCUCUGCUGCAUCUCUGCCUCUUCGACAGGCUAACUAUCUCUGGGAUGUAAGAAGACACUAAAGAAUUGUGGUUUGUUUUCGGUUUUUUUUUCUUUUCAUCCAAAAAGGAAUUAAAUUUUUUCCCCGAAGGAAAAAAAAAAAAAAAAAAAAAACAAUGGCGAGAUUUUUGUUGAACAUGCGUCUUGUUCUGGUUUUGUUCGGAUUAUUUUUGCUCUCUUAUCCAUCCACAAGAGCCGAACCGGAGUUGCAAGACGAAGAGGAGGAGGAGGAGAGCUCCUGUCAGGGCGCUUUCGACCUGUAUUUUGUGCUUGAUAAGUCUGGCAGUGUGAAGAAUCACUGGGAGGAAAUCUACUACUUUGUGGAGAAUUUAGCAGAGAAAUUCAAAAGUCCCAUGCUGAGGAUGUCCUUCAUAACAUUCUCCUCCAGAGCAUCCACCAUCAUGAAACUGACGGAAAACCGAGUGGACAUCAGAAAGGGGUUGAAUGCUCUAAAACGAGAGAUUCCUGGUGGAGAUACAUUCAUGCAUCUUGGAUUGCAGAAGGCAAAUGAGCAGAUACACCAGGAGAACUUUGGCACGGCCAGUGUGAUUAUUGCACUGACAGACGGAGAGCUGCAGGAACACCAGCUCAUCACUGCACAGCAAGAGGCAGAGAGAGCCAGGUCUCUUGGAGCUAUUGUGUACUGUGUCGGUGUCAAAGACUUCAAUGAGACACAGCUGGCCACCAUUGCAGACACCAUUGAGCAUGUGUUUCCUGUGCUGGGCGGCUUCCAUGCCCUCCGGGGAGUCAUUGAUUCGAUCAUCAAGAAAUCCUGCAUUGAGAUUUUGGCUGCGGAGCCCUCCAGUGUGUGUGCAGGAGAGUCUUUCCAAGUGGUGGUGAGAGGAAACGGUUUCCUCCAUGCCAGAAACAUCAACCAGGUGCUCUGCAGCUUCAAGAUCAACGAUACGGUUACAGUCAAUGAAAAGCCGGCCGGUGUAGAAAACACAUUCUUACUGUGUCCAGCUCCUGUCAUCGAUGAAGUUGGCAAGGUGAUUUAUCUCCAAGUGAGCAUGAACGACGGCCUGUCCUUCAUCAGCAGCAACGUACACAUCACCACCACAGAGUGUUUUGAUGGCACCAUUCUGCUGAUCACCCUGCUUGUGUUGUUCCUCCUACUGGCCCUGCUCUUCAUGUGGUGGUUCUGGCCUCUCUGCUGCACUGUGGUGAUCAAAGAACCACCUCCUCCACCUCCUCCUGAGCCUGAGUCAGAUGAUGAAGACGGCCUGCCAAAGAAGAAGUGGCCCACUGUGGAUGCCUCAUAUUACGGAGGAAGAGGAAUCGGAGGGAUCAAGAGGAUGGAGGUGCGUUGGGGAGGGAAGGGCUCGACCGAGGAGGGGGCCAAGUUAGAGAAGCCGAAGAACGCUGUGGUGAAAAUGCCGGAGCAAGAGUACGAGCCCUUUGAGCCCAAACCUAAGAAAGCUCACAACAAGAAGCCGCCUCAGAGCAGGAAGUGGUACACACCAAUCCAGGGUAAACUGGAUGCUAUCUGGGCUCUGUUUCGCCGUGGUUACGAUCAGGUCUCCCUGAUGAGACCCCAGCCUGGGGAUCAUGGUCGAUGCAUCAAUUUCACAAGAGUGAAAGAGGAGUCAGCUGCAGCCAAGGCCCAGCCUCGCACCCCGAUCCACACACCCUCACCCUCACCCCCGCCACCUGACUACCGUCCUGUGACCCGCACCACCUCCUCAUCUCCGACCAAUAGCAGCCCUCCUGCCCGAUCACCACCAUCAGGCCAGCUACCACCAGGGCCACCACCCUCCCGCACACCCCCAGGGCUUCCUUGUCCACCGCCAUCCCGUCCUCCACCCAGCCUUCGACCAUGAGUCACACAAACAAACCCCUCGCACCCCCCCCAACGCACCUGCUUUGAUAUCACAGACUUACCGCUCUGUUGGCCAGUUCUUUCAGUUUGAAGGUUAUGGUCCUCGCUGCCAAAGAUACCCCUGCUAUAAGCCAAAGAAUCAGCAGUAUUUUGAAUCCCAUUCACCCUGUGCUCCUCUUCUUGUAUGGGAGAGUGUGUCAAAUCAGGUUCAAGUCCUUUCAAACAUGCCACCACCUACCAUGAAAAAUUCAGAGUAUUUGCUGAUGAGCAAGAAAUGCGAUUUUGACAAGCAGUUUGACUUGACAUUCUGUCCCAUACUCAGGGUGAUUUGGGAAAAUAUUUUACUCCAUGUUGGCGCUUCUUAGAUCAGGGAGGAUUGUUGCUGGACAGCAAAGCAUGUAGGGACAGGAAGUCCACAGAAGACAUACUGCAAUGGAUGAAAUUUCUUUGUUGUCUUUAUCAACUACUGAGUUAGGCCAUUGUUGUCAAGAGUUAAGGUGAAAAGUAGGUUGUACAUGAAAAUCUAAAAUUAACCAUGUUGCAUAAGCAGAAUGGAUUGGCUUAUUUCUUCAUUGCUGCGAUGGUGGGAAUUAGAUUUCAGAACAAGUCCAUUUGGUCAUGUUGGUAAUGGUGUUGUAACUAAUUAAUUUUGGACAUUGUUACUGUUCUCAGUGCCAAAGCGAUUUUUUCCUUCACCUUUUUGUGAUAUUUCUUUUAUCCAACAACAUGCUAACCCAACAAAUUCCAGCCCUUUAAUGCAGAAAUUUUGUUCAAUCAUUACAUGAUUUUGUGGUCCAGUUUUGUACCAUUCAGUGACAGGGAAGUGUACAGAUGUUAUGUGGAAGGUAAGUUUUUACAAUAUGUGUUUGAGAUGUGUUUUUGAAUGUUACUUUGGUUGAUAUCUUUGAGGCUUUGGAUUUUGUCCUUAACCACCUUUUCAUGUAGUUGAAUUUAGAAUACAGCAAUAUAUAUUUUUUGUUUCUUUUUCGUGGUUAUCUGCGCACAUAGACUGUUGGGCAACUACAAUACGUAUUUGUUUUUGUUACCAUUUGGACAAUGUACGAAAAUCGAGUAACCAGAAAUCAGGUUUAACGUCUCUCCUCACAUUUUUUAUACACAAUCCUGAUACUGUACUUUGAUACCAAUGUGUGUUUUAUGUCUUCAGUUUUAUCAUUACCUGUCACAUUGCAACUGCAGGGCAGUUCAAAGAGCAUCUAAUUUAUUUUACUCCCCAGGAGAUAUAGAGGAGAGUACUUGAAUAUCGACAAGGUGUCCAACCACCAAGACGGACACUGUGAGCAGAAUUUAGAAACACAACAGCUAGCCAGUUAAGAGUCAUAUAAGAUUUACCAGUAUUUCUCAACCCCUCAGCUACACCGAAAAAAUCUUUAAUAAUACAGCUACAUGUUAUGCUGUGUAAAUUUUAAGACAACAUUAGCAACAGUGAGUAAAUGCUAAAUUGCGAGAGUGGCAGGGGGAACCUCCUGCAAAAAAUUGACAAGAAAAACAUAACUAUGAGAUUGUGAUUUCAAUGUGUGGAAAAGAGAUUGAAAAAUGCUGGUAUUCCUUUUAUAUCCUGAAUCUUCUGGAAUUUUCCUCUUGUUUGUUUUUUUUUUUAGUGCUUCCAUUUUGAUGUACGUCGUUCAGUUAUGCUGUGUACCGUUGUGUUACUACAUGCACUCCUAAUGUCAGCGCCUCAAAGCUGAGCUACAAAGGAAGGUACAGAUAUUGGAUCCAUUAUGAACUUUUUAUUCAAUUGAAAAAAAGGCCUUGAGAUGGGAAUUUUAAUAACAAGAUGGUACAUGAUGCAUGUCUUUUGUUCUAGCAUUAAAUUUGACUACAUUUCCCAUAAACCUCAUAGCUUUUGGUAGAAAAAGAUGUCACUAACCCUCUUCAGUUUUGGUAUAUUUGGAUUUAUUUCUUAGUCAAUACAGAACAUGGUAAACAAAGAGACACUUCCACCAGCAUCUCAAAUCUAUCACCGUCAUCUGUAGCUCCAUUUGCUUUGUGCACAAACAGCACAUCCGUCAUGUUAGUGUGCUGUGUGGAGGCUGUUAAUGGUCUUGUGUCAUCACACAAUAUUUUUUAAAUGAGGCCUGUAUGUUAAGCAGUUUAAGGUGUGACCACUAGGAAUAAGAUUCUUUCUUAGAAAAGUCAACUGUUUACGGAUUCCCAAACCAAGCAAGGUAGUUCCAUUAUUAUUACAGAGGAAUUUGCUGCAUCAAAGAUCCGUACCUUGUUUUGUCAUGUUUAACAUUACAUCAUCACAUGUUCGAUUUGAAAGGUCGUAUGGAUGCACAAAGUAUCAUUAGUUUGGAUUCAGCAGUGUGCAUCUCCUUGUUUUCUCUCUCUGAUCAGAACAUACCAAUGUUGCUUAACUUGUGAGGUGUCAAAGAAUUGUUGUUUGACAGACUUUGUUUUUUGUAAAGUAUUAAUUGGGCCCACACCUGUAACAUCCAAGAACAAAUUUCAAAAUAAAUAAAUAAAAUAAGCACUGCCAGGCAGAAUCGGUGUUUCAGAGGGAACUUCUGCAGUGGCUGUCAGAGCUCGAUGUCAUUCUUAAUCGAGAUGAGCCUCAUUAUAUUAAUCACUGUUUUCUACACGUAUAAACAGCAGUACUGAAGCAAAUAUGAAAGACGUAUAUGAUUUUAUCUUAUUGGUUGACAUGAUUUUUUUUUUUUUUUUACAUUAUCAAUAAAGGUUGACUUCCAAGCUUC